AUGGAGUCGGUCCGUCCGCAGCGGUUGCCGGGGGUCGGGCCCGGGGUGUCGGCGGGGACCCUGCGCUCUUUGCGGCCCGGAGUGACCGGCAGCUCGUUCCCCGGCGCUCAGGCCUCGGCUCCUCCACCCCCGCUCGGCCUGGGGAUCCCGGGGAGUGCGGGCAGCCCGGCGGUGCUGCGGGAGGCGGUGGAGGCCGUGGUGCGGAGCUUCGCUAAACACACCCAGGGCUACGGGAGAGUGAACGUGGUGGAGGCGCUGCAGGAGUUCUGGCAGAUGAAGCAGACGCGGGGGGCGGAGCUGAAGAACGGCGCGCUGGUGGUGUACGAGAUGGUGCCGUCCAAUAGUCCGCCAUACGUCUGCUACGUCACCCUCCCCGGGGGCAGCUGCUUCGGGAGCUUCCAGUUCUGUCCGACUAAAGCGGAGGCCAGGAGGAGCGCGGCCAAGAUCGCCCUGAUGAACUCCGUCUUUAACGAGCACCCGUCCCGCCGGAUCACCGACGAGUUCAUCGAGAAGAGCGUCUGCGAGGCCCUGGCCACGUUCAACGGAAAUCGCGAGGAAGCCGAUAACCCAAACACCGGGAUCGGAGCCUUCCGCUUCAUGCUGGAGUCAAACAAGGGCAAAUCCAUGCUGGAAUUCCAGGAGCUGAUGACGGUCUUCCAGCUCUUGCACUGGAACGGUAGCCUGAAGGCGAUGAGGGAACGUCAGUGCUCCCGCCAGGAGGUGUUGGCUCACUACUCCCAUCGGGCGCUGGAUGAUGAUAUGAGGAACCAGAUGGCCAUGGAUUGGGUGAACCGAGAACAGGACAGUCCUGGAAUCCUCACCAGAGAGCUAGCGGCCACAGAGAGACAACUGGACGAGGCUCGGCUCGCUGGGAAGGAGCUUCGCUACCACAAGGAGAAGAAGGAUAUCCUGAUGCUGGCUGCCGGGCAGUUGGGGAACAUCCACGCCUCCAACUGCUAGGCCGGGGCGCUGCUGGCUCUGCCCCCUGGGACUGGCAAUGCUUUGAAGGAGAGAGCGGGCAUCUAAUUGAACUUACAGUGUACAAUGCUCUGGACACCACCUGGUGCACCUGCCGCAGAAUCCAGGGUCAGGUGGUGAAUGAAAACCUGAUACCAGAACUGAACCCCUAGAAAUGGAAGCAACCCCAACUCCUUAAGGGCUCAGGGGUGAAAUGGAAGCAAACCCAACUCCCUAAGGGCUCGGGGGUGAAAUGGAAGCAAACCCAACUCUCUAAGGGCUCGGGGGUGAAAUGGAAGCAAACCCAACUCCCUAAGGGCUCGGGGGUGAAAUGGAAGCAAACCCAACUCUCUAAGGGCUCGGGGGUGAAAUGGAAGCAAACCCAACUCCCUAAGGGCUCGGGGGUGAAAUGGAAGCAAACCCAACUCUCUAAGGGCUCGGGGGUGAAAUCAAUGCAAACCCAACUCCCUAAGGGCUCGAGGGUGAAAUGAAUGGAAACCCAACUCCUUAAGGGCUCGGGGGUGAAAUGGAAGCAAACCCAACUCCCUAAGGGCUCGGGGGUGAAAUGGAAGCAAACCCAACUCCCUAAGGGCUCGGGGGUGAAAGAGAUUGAAUCAAUUACCAAUAAUACUGAGCAUAUGUAGCCACUUCACUCCCAUCAGUCAGCAGUUGCGUGAAGGGUCAUGUGACUGAUUUAGUUGGGUACGUUCUGGUGACAGGUUCCUCAGUCCACACGGGGGCGCUGUACACUGUAACUUCGUCCUCAUAUGGUAUUACGGAGCUGCGGAAUAAGAGACUGGCAUUAACAUUACAAACCGCGCCGCCCAUUACACAGAUUGUACCGUGAGCGAUAACUCUUAAUACCGUAGAUAUAACGUAAUGCGGCGCGGUCGGAACGCGCGUCUCCUCCCACCACUGUGCCGCCUUUGCACAUGUUCUUUGUACUGGUGCCCGGUCUACACCCCGGCGCCCUGUGUGUCUUGUAUCCGUCUUUUAUAUAUAUAUUCUAUAUUUUUAAUAGCUGCGUUGCGCUGCAGUCUGAGGCUCCGCCCCGCGGUCUGUACCGAUGGUCACUGCCGGAUGUUUUUUUUUUUUUUUUUUUUAUUACUAGCAAAAGUUUUCUAUAAUUUUUAUUUCCGUAGUUUUUAUAACUAGAGAGUGAAUACAGGAUGGGGCGUUUUUAUGGGGCGGGAUUGGGGGGGGGACGUUAAAUAGCAGCACAGGAAGUAGAUGGCGGUACAUGGGGAAAGUCAGCCGAAGGCGGCCGCCGCUGUAUAAUAAAGACUGGUCGGACUAGUGUACGAGAGAGUCCAGACUGCCAUAAAUAUGACCGUUUCAUGUUCACGUACCGCAAGCACAAAUACGGUAAGACGGGGGAUGGAAACAGACGACACUAGAAUGUAAUCUAAUCUAAAAAAAAAAAAAUGGCCGACUCCAUUGUGGACCUCUGCACUGUCAUGAUGUAGCUCCACUCUGUUUUAUACUAAAUAAAUAAAUAAAUAGCGCCGCUCUUGUCUUCAGGUAGUGUGCGGUAUUGCAGCUCUGUUCCAUUGAUGGGAAUUGAGCCAAGUUGUAAUAUCUCGCACGACCUGAAAACAAGAGUGGCGCCAUUUUAAAAAAAAAAAAUGGAUAAUCUCUAGAAUAGUGUUCGUCCAGCUGUUGCAAAACUACAAUUCCCAACAUGUUGUAAAACCCUCAGAAACUGCAGCAGCAUGGAAGACAUUAUCAAGCAGUGUAAGCUGGGAAACAUAUCAAACUUACUAGAACAGUGUUUCCCCAACCAAAGGGCCUCCAGCUGUUGCAAAACUACAACUCCCAGCAUGCCCGGACAGCCUUCGGCUGUCCGGGCAUGCUGGGAGUUGUAGUUUUGCAACAGCUGGAGGCAUCCUGGUUGGGAAACACUGUCUUAGAACACAGAAAAAAGGGGGCAUUCAUGGCCCUAGGGGGAGCUGCAGGCGUGUCUUACCAUAAUUCUGCCACGUUUUUUUUUUUUUUUAAAUACAUUGAAAUAAAGCAAUAUCUCCGCCCACCGCGCGUCAUGUGACGUGUGAGCGAACACUUCAGUAUUAUGAUGUAUAAAGGACGUUUUUUUAUAUCUUAUCACUACUUUUAUUACUACCUAACAAGGUCUCCACGACUGGUACCGGACCAAUAUCCUGUGUUUUAUAUCAGUAUCCGCCGCUGUUUGUAUGGCAGUAUACGCAAAAAUAAAAAAAAAUAUUUC